AUGUGGGCCGGGAGCUGCCGUGCGCGCUGCACGGCGCAUUGCGUCGCGAGUGCGGUCCCGCCGCGUCCUCGUCGCAAUGCCGUGCGCGAGCGCGGCGCGCGGCCAGGCGUGAGGGACGCAGUGCGCGCUGCGGCUGCUCGAGGCUCGAGGGCGAAGCCACCCGCCGACGCGAGGGACGCGGCGCCGUACGUGCCCGCGUGGCGCGCCGUGGACGCCGACGAGCUCGCGAGGCAGAAGGCGGCUUUGGCGGAAAUGCAGGCGGAGAGGAAGAAGCACGGCACGAACACGACCGAGGGGCGGCGCCGCGCGCGCAGGAACGCGGGCCGCGGGUACCUCGAGGGCUCGACCGAGACGGCAGCACUGGCUGAAAGGGCGUUUGGCGGCGCGGUGGCGCUCGACAUCAAGGGCGAGAACAGCCGGCGCACGUCUGGGUCGGCAGUCGUGCGGAAGGUCGACGCGAACGCGACGUUGAACCGCGGCGUCCUCGGGGAAGGCAAGAUGUGCUGGUGGGCCCUGUGGGUGAAGCAGCCCCAGGAGCGCCGGUGCAUGGAGCGGCUGGACGCGCGCAUUCCGCAGCUGCCGCCCGUCGCCGACGCCUCGGGCAGCAAGGUGCCGCGCGACUUCGAGACGUGGCUUCCGAAGAAGACCACCAAGUACACCAACCCGCAGACGGGGCGCGCGUCGAGCAGGACGGAGAAGUACAGCGGCGGCGGCGUCGUCUUCCUGCGGGCCACCAUGGACAACCAGCUCUACGACACCCUCAUGAAGGACCCCUCCGUGAACGGGUUCAAGGACCACCAGACGAUCAUGGGGCAGAAGUUCCCGAAGCCGACGGCGGAGGAGAUCAUCGCGGAGGCGCGCGCGUGGGUGGAGCGCGACGACCGCGAGGCCAUCGAGAGCGAGCUGCGGGAGAAGCUCGGACUCACCAUGGAGCCGCGGUCGUGGAGCGCGGAGGCGCCGGGGAGCGGCCGGAACGCGCGGCGUGCGAAGCGCGUGGUGUACGGCAACGAGCGGGAGCAGCGGUACCAGGAGAGGUACAACCGCGGAGCGGACUGGGUGCGGCAGACGCGGCGCGAGGGGUACGCGGGCGCGGCGAGGCGGGAGGAGGAGGAGGCGACGUCGGCGUGGUUCGACGGCGCGGCGGGCGGCGAGGAGGAGGAGCGGCGGGGGCGCGGGGGGUCGCGGGGGCGCGGGGGGUCGCGAGGGCGCAGUGGGUCGCGAGGGGAGACGGCGGGGGCGUCGCGGAGUCAGGUGUGGAGUCAGGAGAGCGUGGAGGGGAGCGUUGGGGAUGCGGGGUGGUGGGGGGAGGAGGGAGGGGGGGAGUGGACGAACGCUUCGGCGUGGGCUGGGGAGGGUUGGACGGGGGCGGCCGCGGCCGACGACGCGUGGGCGGACGCCGACGCGGACGCGGGCGCGUCGAAGGCACCGUCGGGCGGGCUGUCGGUCGACCUGGACGCUUGGACGGAGGCCGGGGGCGGCGGGGACGUGUGGGCAGACAACGGCUUCGGGGGGGGUGCCGACAGCGAGUGGACGGACUCGGGCGGCGACACACGCGGCGCCGCGGGCGAGCACGAGGAGUGA